AUGACCGUCCUUCUCACUGGUGGUACAGGACAAACGGGACUCGCACUCGCGCGUCUCCUCCAUGCCGCCAACCACUCCCUCCUCAUCGCUUCCCGCCGCGGUGUCGCCCCAGAGCCUUAUAAAGCUGUCAAAUUCGAAUGGGCCGACCACUCCACGUUCGAGAACCCCUUCAAGGCCGACACGCACAUUGACCGUGCCUACCUCGUCCCGCCAAGCGACGCAAAUCCAUAUGAGCACAUGAAGCCCUUCAUCGACGUCGCGGUGUCGAAGGGUGUUAAACGGUUUGUCUAUGUGACCGCGUCGCAAGCAGAGAAAGACUCCCCAAUAUACGGAAAGGUGCAGCAGUAUCUCGUGGAUAUCGGUGUUGGAUACACCAUAUUGCGACCGACGUGGUUUAUAGAAAACUUCGGCGCCUUCUAUUUGCACUCCAUCCGGGAGCACAAUGAGUUCACUUCCGUAACGGGUAAAGGCCGCAUCCCGCUCGUUGGCGUCGAGGAUAUCGCCAAAGCAGCGUUCGACGCGCUUGUCGCCCAGAAGAGUCCCAACACCGACUAUAUUCACAUUGGUCCUGAAUUGUGGUCUUAUGAUGAGGCUGCCGAUCUCCUUACUGAGGUCCUAGGACGGAAGAUUACGCACAGGCAGAUCACGAACGAAGAGCAGAUCGCCCAAUUCAAAUUCGGGAUGUCAGAAGAACACGCAAUCAUGCUGAAUGGAGGAGAACAGCUUAUCGCGGCUGGAUUGGAGGAAGCGCUCCUAGGACAUUCGAAAGCCAUUGUUGGAAAAGCGAAGCUACGUGACUAUGUUCAGGCCAAUAAGCGCGUAUGGAUAAAGGCGUAA